GGAAGGCUGCUGGUGUCAGUUUGAGUCUGGACUCUGAGCAGCUGUGGGGAGGGUCUCCAGCUGAUAGAGGAAACUCGCUACCUAUUAAACCCAAACACAGACACAUUCUAAUGCAGAUCAGCUGUGUGCAAACAAUACGGGAAUUGCAGUACUGAGCACUGGAGAGAGGAGAGUAGGGUUUGUUCUGGAAAUUUGUCUCAACUUAAAUUGAGAUAUCUGUAUCAUAUAGAUAUAGAUUUGAGGGAGUAUUAAGUACAAAGAGUGAGCAAAAGGAGAUCUUUGGUCAUAUGGAAUAAGGCUUCUCUGUGUGAGCAGAGUGCCCAUAGUGAAGUGUGCCCAAAUACACAUACCCUAUCUCCCUUGGCUUUAUUGUGGUUCUAACUGACCAUGGAGGUGUUGGAAAAUGGGGAGCAGAACCUGUUGCACUGGGAUCGAAAGCUGAGUGAGCUGUCAGAACUGGUGGACUCCGAUUCCCUGCUAAACAAUACGCACUUCACGGAGUUCCUGGAUGAGUUUUCGCAGGAUGUCCUAGGCCAGCUCUUGAAUGACCCCUUCAUGUCUGAGAAAAAUGAGAUGAUGGAAGUGGAGCUGUCCCCAGCAUCCCCAGCUCCCCUCAUCCAGGCAGAACACAGCUACUCCCUGUGCGGCGACUCUCGCCCCCAGUCCCCACUGACCCACGUUUCAACUGACGACAACUUCAAUGAAGCUGAUCUGGAGAAUGAGGAAUGGUGUCUGGGUGCAGAAUUGACUUCAGCAACAAUAAAAACUGAACCUGUGCUGUGUGAGGCGCCAGGCCUUACCCCCUCUGUCAGUCUCACCAUCACACCUGUACCCCUGGAAGGCGAAGAACCCCAGUUGCAAUCUGAUGCCAUGAUGAAACCGUUGAGCCAGAAGGUUCUUCCAGAGAUUAAAUUGGAGCCACAUGAAGUAGAUCAGUUCCUGAACCUGUCUUCUAAGGAAGCAAUGGAUCCACUGCACCUGCCUCCAACCCCUCCCAGCAGCCAUGGCAGUGACUCUGAGGGAGGGCAAAGCCCAACCAGGUCCCUCCCGCCUUCAAGCCCUGUCCAACUACAAGCCACAGCUAAAGUGACAUCACGCAUGGCUUCAGCACUCUCCAAUUCGCCUCUCCUGACAGCACCACAUAAAUUGCAGGGGACUGGUCCACUGAUCUUGACGGAGGAAGAGAAGAGGACGCUGAUAGCUGAGGGGUACCCUAUUCCUACAAAAUUGCCCCUGACAAAGGCAGAGGAAAAAGCACUGAAGAAAAUCCGCAGGAAAAUAAAGAACAAGAUCUCUGCCCAGGAAAGUAGGAGAAAGAAGAAAGAAUACAUGGACAGCCUGGAAAAAAAGGUUGAGUCCUGUUCAAAUGAAAAUAGUGAGCUGCGUAAGAAAGUGGAAGUCCUGGAGAACACAAACAGAACUCUUCUGCAGCAGUUACAGAGACUCCAAGCCAUGGUUGCUGGCAAAGUGUCCCGUUCCUGUAAAGCAGCCAGCACGCAGACAGGGACCUGUCUCAUGGUGGUGGUGCUGUGCUUCGCAGGCAUUUUUGGCAGCUUCUCUCAGAGUUACGGGCCCUAUCCUUCUGCCACAAAGAUGGUGCUGCCCAGCCAGCAUUCCACACCAGAGUCGUACACGGCCUCCAUUGUGAGGUCAAGAAGUCUGCUAAUUUACGAAGAGCCCCGCCAACUGGAGGAGCAGUACAGUUCAAUCUCCUUUGCAGAUCGCAGUGAUGUCUGGGAUAGGCGCAUGGAUGCCUCCAAACACACAGCACUAUCUCUGGAAUCUGUGCCGGGAGCACAGCAGGACAAAGUCACACACUUCACAGUAGCCAAUGAGACAAGGCUAGAGAAAUCAGUGGUGCUGGGGCUGCAGCCGCACAGGGUCAGCUCAGAGCUGGAAGUGAAUGAAACGCUGAAAAUAAUUGAAAUUGAUAGACGAGUUAAUGCCACUUCUUAAAAAGAGGCCUUCUCUUCUCUCCCCCCCCCCCCAUUAUCCUCCCUUCUUUCCAACCCAAGCCCCACCCCUUCCUCUGGACUCAUCACCAUCAGGGAACCAAAGGGCAAAAGAGAGAGCGUCUGCUAACUUCUGAUUUGGCUGAAGAGUCUGUGACUUGAGUCAGCAGCAGUUGUCCUCGUUCUGUCCUUUCCUCCGGGCACACAAACCUGCUUCUGCUUUCACUGCUGUCCCUGACUGGGAAUACAAGGGUGUCCAGCUGGUUGGUUUGUGUGUAUAGCCUAAUCAAGGGGCAGAGCCAUCGAAUGGAGGAUUAGGAUAAAUGUAACUGAUGGGGGAACAUUUGUGGUAGGUCACGUGGGAGAAGGAAACUGAAAGAUAGUGUGACGCUGCUCAGGAUUUGGCCACAGCUCCAUGCCCAUCACUCUGGCACACUGGAGCUUUAUGGGGAGAGAAAUGUGUUCACAGUUCCCAUCCCUCCCACUGAGGGCAGAGAACAGACACUAGUCCUAUUCAGCCAACAGCACAGACAGGAGAGUCUGUUCAAUGGCAGUAUUGAUUUUUUUUUUUUUUUUUUCUUCUCCCUGCUCUCUCUCUCUUCUCUCCCCCCCCCCCACCCUUUCCUGCCCCUUUAUCACGUGGUGGAUGAAGUUUCCUUACUGUUGCCAUCCUUAUGAAGGAUCCAGGCAAAAUUCAGUCAGCCCAUGUGUCUUCUCAGGCCUUGUCUACAAUUGCACCAAUUUAACUAAAUCAGUUUAGAAACUGAUUGAGUUUAAUCUGUGCGACUCCCUUGUGUGGAAAUUUUUAAAUAAGAUUAUGACUAGUAUAUUGUAUCCAUUUAGCUUAAGUUGAUUCCUUACUGGCAUAAACUAAAUCAAUACUAGGCUCUCUUAAACCAAAAUAAGAGCGUCCACAUUAGGGGAUUGCAUGGAUUUAAUUAAAUUAGUUUCUAAAUCCAUUUAGAUACAUCGGUGCAGUUUUUUGAGGUAGACAAGGCCUCAGAUUGCUCUAGGUUCUUCUUCUUCCCCCGAGCCUCCUGUUACUGUUGUAAAUAGUAUUUAUUAGCUUUCCAAAAUUUCCCUCUGGUAGCCAGACUGGAGAGCCAAGCUCCUAAGACCAUGCAGGUUUUCUUGGUGAACUUUGAAAUCAAGAUGGAAAAAAUAUGCUUUUUUUAAAAUUAAACUUAGUUCCCUAUAAUGAUUAUUAGAAUGUAAUGAGGCUCCCCUUCCUCCUCCCUUUUACUAAAAGUACAUGGAAUUAAAGCAACUGCUUAGGAAAAAAUUUGUUGCAUGUUCCCAAUUAGAUGCAGAUCAGGUCAGUGCUGAUGGUCUCCCUCUCUAGUUAUUUAUUACAAAACUACCUAGAAGACCAAACCAAGGUCAGGUCCCCAUUGUGCGAGGCACUGUACACACACAUGAUGAGAGACUGUCCCUGUCCUGAAGCCGCUAUCCUGGAUAGACAAGACAGAAAAAAGAUGGGAGGGGGAAUAGAUACACGGAGAGGGGAAAUGCCUUGCCCAAGGUCACACAGCUGGUCAUUGGUAGAGCCAGGAAUAGAAUCCAAGUCUCCCGCCUCUCAGUGCAGUACCCUAUCCACUAGACCAUACUGCUUCUAAAGCACCAUGCUGAUGCAUCUAAUGCACACUGCCUCUAGUGCGGUGAUUCUCCCUCUCUCAAUACCCAGAUUGUGCCAAUGGCAGGGCUGCCCUUUCCACUCACAACUGUCCUUUCCGUGAUCCAGCCAACCCACCAGUGAUUGCUUCUGGGUUUUAUUUGGUUAUUACAAAGGGCUACUCAGAGUUCCCAGUGAUGGCUUUAGCCUAAAAACCUAAAUAGGAUAGAAUAGUACGGCUACUUUUGCAAUUUACCAGGAAAACUCAAUUAAAAAAAUAUUUAAAAUGUUUUUUAAAAAAAAACUCUCCUUUUUUACAUAAAUAAGGAGACCAAACUAGUGUAGCCUUGUGUUUUAUACCAUGUACAGUAACUCUUUCCUCCAGGUAUUCUAUUUUGUAAAAUAUUUUUAAAGAAAAAGUGUAUUGUUUUUGUAUUUUAGUAUAGCCUCUGCAGUGCUUCAUCCUUUCCUGUUCGGAUUUUUCCUUUUUUAGUCUCCCUUCCUUUGUUCAUUAUCCCAUCUGUUCACUAUGGGCCUGAUCCAAAACCCAGUGAAGUUAAUGGAAAGAAUCCAUUUGGCUUGAGUAGGCUUUGGAUCAGUCCCCACUGUACCAUGAUCAGAAACAACAUUCAAAUUGGCAAGAGUGGGACAUGUGUCCCAAUUCUACUAGCAGAUAAUGGAAUUUGGUGUGUACACCUCUUGUGUGCAUGACUUUCUAGGUCAAACCCCAUUCGUCUGUCCAGGUGUCUAUUUAAAAAAAAAAAAAAAAA